UUCUCGCAUAAUACCUACAUCUCCAUGUGUAGUCCCCUGUCUUUUGUAUAAGUCCAGUACAAGCUAGCUGAUAGACCGUUAAUUACACAUGUUUUUACCCCUGUUCUUACACCGUUUGAGAUGUGAUUUCUCGUGGUUUAGACCGAUUUCACGCUAGGUUGUGCUUGUUUGUGAUGUUUCAGGUCCUAGUACGUGAAUGAAGGCUUAGGAGCGAGUCUGGGGUCGAUUGGACGAAGAACGAACGAAUGGCGAGGUUUUUGGGGAGCUGCACGGGCAGACCAGGGAGGCUGCACGGCCAUGCACGUGAGCAAUAUGGCCGUGCGCCUUAUGCCGAGGACACGCACGGGCAACCCCUGAAGCUCGCACGGCCGUGCACCCUGGCCGUGCGAGAGGGCUGAAGUUCGACUAAAUGACACGUUGCGUUUUGAGUUGCACGGCCAGAAUGGUGAUAUGCACGGCCGUGCACCCUGGCCGUGCGAGUCGGGAUUUCCUGGUUUUAAGCCAAAUUCCGAACCAAAGAGGAGAGAGAGCUGGGUUUUGGAUCCCAAACACCCAAGGGACGAACCCUAGAGAGAGAGGGCGAUUUGAGGGCAUUCUUGGAGUAGAGAAGGAGGAUUUCUUCGCCUUGGAAGCUCGAGGAACAAGCCCGGACUUGAAGACUGAUCAUCUGAAGAUUCUUACUGCAGUCUCUCUCUUCUCUAUGGAGUAACUUACCUUCACUUAGGUUUUGAGGAACCCUAGCUAUGUUAGUUUGAUUGGAUGAUUGUAUGAGUACUCUGACUUGAUAAUCUUGAGUUCAUAUUCAAUCUAUGCAUGUUUUCAUGAUUCAAUUCUGCUUUAGUCGAGAUUAUUGAUUCUGCUUUGAUUCUAUGAGAGGGAAUACCUGAUUAGGUCAAUAGAGCACCAUAGAUUGAUAGUAGUGGAUCGAUUGCUUUAGUCGAGGGUUGAUUCACUGCUUUGUAUCGAUUGAGAACCUCUUUCGAUAGAGGGAGUCUAGUUUAGAACGCCUUGAUCAGUUGUUCUAGAGAAGGAUACGUCCCUCUAGGCAAUUGACUCAAGAGGGCCUUGUUCCUUUAGUCGAGACUCAAGGUCUAGUCAAGGAUUCUCCGCAUUGUGAAUGAAAGUGAAACAGGUUAGAGAUCAUCAAUCAUUAAUCUGGCUAGUGGCUAGGGGGAAUCAUACCUAAGUGAGUUCCCAACCUGUAAUUAGAUUAACUUUAACUGUAGUUUGCUAGAGUAGUUUUAGUUCUUUCAUCUUAAUCUGAUUUGCUAAAUAAUAAACUGAAGCUGAGUAAUAGUAACUCUAGAGACCCGUGGAUUCGAUAUUUAUCACUUGAGCCACUAUACUGCAGUCCCUUUCAUUGGUUACACUUGGCCUUUGUUAGGUGUUGUGUCGUAGCGAGUCAAGUUUUUGGCGCCGUUGCCGGGGACUUUCUAGAGUAUUAGGAAAGGCAGAAGUUUGUUACUUUAGAGUUUUUCUUUUCUUUUCUUUUCCACCCUUGCUUUUCACUUGGGUGUUAUUGUUUUUGUUGGUGCAGAUCUGAAUCAUGGAUCCUAAUGGCUUCUCCAAUCAUUGGGGGUAUCCACCACCAUCUGGGUGGUAUUACCCCGAGACUCCGUGGAGCAAUCAAGGCGGAGAAGACUAUGGAUUCGGGUUCCAGUACCAACCCCCUUACUACGGAGAACAACCGGACCCCUGGGCAUAUCAAGAACAACCUCAUUAUCAAGAAGAAUUUCUCCCACAACCAGAAGGGCCAUCGGCACUAGAGUUACUCAUGGAGCAGUAUGCUCGAGACUGUGAGAGAACAUGCUCCAGGAUGGAUCAGUGUGUCCAGGCCUAUCGUGAAACAGAUGAGAUCCUCUUGAGCCUUAAGAAGAGCGUCGAUGAUCUUGAGCGAUCUUGGGCGCAACCUGCUCCAGAUCACCCUUCUGCUACCAUACAAGAAAAGGAGGAGGAAGAAGAAGGCUACAAGGGCAUUGUGGAACACACUGAAGUUGUCACGGAGAGCUCCCGUGAUGAUCAUGAUCAGGCCUGUCAUGUCGUAGCCGACCACACCUUCCCACACCCCAAACUGAGCUUUGAAGAGGCGGGCAUGAGUGAGGAGAUGCAAGAAGAUCUCAUGAAAGAAAUUGCUUGGCAACUUGCUCUCCAAUCCGUGCUAGAAGAAGAAGAGCAAGAAAGGGUGCAGAAAGAAGUUGUGGAGGAUGACGAAAGUGAAGCUGGAGGAGUUCUUGAUCAUUUCCCAGGGGUGAUACCACAUGAAGAAGGAAGGGAGGUUGAAGAGGCGAUUGGCGUCCAGGCUGAGGACGAAGUUGAGGUGGAAGAGGCUUGCACCGGCCAUGAGUUACAUGUGAUAUCUCCACCAAACUUCGAGGAACUGCUUAGCAAGGACCCAUUUGCAGUGUCUCUUUGCCAGACCAAGGCCACAUCGACAUCGGUCCCUCUUGGUGGACGCGAUGGUGGCCAAUCGAUGCUGUCUUAUCUGGUUUGGGGCAAUGAGACGAGAGAAGAGAAGAAGAGGUCUCGAGGGUGGAGACUUCAUCUGCAUCAAGUACAUGAGCCUUCAUCACCUGCCACACCACAUGCUCGUGACUUGAGACUCCACCUCAUCAACGAGAACCUCAACUUCAAGGAGGUUCUAGCAUGGACCGAAACUUAGGAGCCAUCGUCCGGCUCACGACGUGAAAGAAGCGCUUGUUGGGAGGCAACCCAACCAGUCGGUUUGCAUUUCUGUCUCUAUUUCUCCUCGGUUGAGUCAGUUUGCUAUUUGAUUUUAGAGUCAAUAACUCAACCUUUGUGAGAUUUUGUGUGGUGUUUGUGUUCUGAUUACUCUCUCUUCCUGGACUGCACUGCCUGACCCGUACAUCAUCAUUCACCCUUGAUCUGGUAACUUCGUUCAACCCUCCUUAUCUUUCCUCCAUUGAGGACAAUGUCGUGCUUAAGUGUGGGGGGUGUUCGAUUAUGUAUGCGGGUGAAUGUUUGGCUGUUUGUGUGCUUGGAGCCUAGUCCACUGUCCAAAUUUUUAAAUUUGAGGGCUCCAAGUACGUGUUUCCUUGCAAUUGCCUGCUCAGUAUGCUUUGAAUUGACAGUCUUUAUAGUGAUAUGCAACCUAGGGAGGUAGUGUAGCACUAUGGAGGAUGUUGAUGCAUUUAAGGAGUCUCAUUUCUUCUUCAUAUUGUGUUGGUUGAUUGAGUGAAUUAGUGAUCUUAGGACCCUUGAAUUGUGUAGUGUUGUGGAUUUUCUACCUGUCAUGGACUCUUGUAUCAUGUUUUGAAAAUAACAGGUGCUCGAAAAUGUGCUUCAAAAUAAACGUCUCCCGUGCGA